AUGGCCAUGGAGGAAAUCGAAUCGAAUAACAAUAUUUGUCUCGUUAGCCAGGAUCGAAUCAAGCACUUCCUCGAUUUGGGCUGUGCACCAGGUGGCUUCUCACGAUGGAUUAUCGAGAAUAAUCCUUCUUGUACGGGUCUAGGCAUCACUUUGCCUCCAGACUUGGGUGGAUUUCAUAUGGUAUUUGAUGCACCAGGAAGAUAUCGAUAUUUAUACGAAGAUGUGACCAAGAAUCCGGAGACGAUUUGGUGUCAAGACGGUGUUUAUCAAGGAAUCGAGCCUCAGUUUGAUCUAUGUAUCGCCGGGUGUAUUUUCAGAUCCCCUGAGAUCAAUGAAAAUAGCGAUGACGAUCAGCCUGCUUGCUCACGUAGUCGACGAGUUUUACGUUAUUCUCAACUAUUGACGGCACUCACUAACCUUCAAAAGAAUGGUACUCUCAUUCUAGUUUUCAAUAUACGACCAUUUCUCUUCCAAGUUGAAAUCUUAUGCUUACUUAGUUGCUGCUUUGAAAGUUUGCUUCCAGUCAAGCCCAAGAGAGUUCAUAUUAUACGCAGCUCAUACUAUCUUAUCGGAGUAAACUACAAACCAGAGAAGGCACAGAAAAUGAACCUUUUAGGACGUCUUCGAACUGUUUUGGAUUUCAUGAAAAAGGCGGAUUCUAGUUGGCACUAUGACAAUGCUUUGCUUAUGGAGGGAACACCUGAUCAAAUCAUCACUGAAUGGACACCUUUUGUCUUGGAGCACUAUCAACCUAUGUGGGAAGUACAGAUGAAUGCAAUCGAACAUCGUUUAUUCCCAGGCACUAAAAAAGUGAAAACCGGAUAUGGGUGGCCACUCUCGAAUCGUAGGCAAACAGUAGACAAAACUCUGCCUAUGCAAAAGUCAAUUAAUGAUAAAUGGCGUUGA